AUGCGGGCUUCGCUGUUGCUGUCGGUGCUUCGGCCCGCGGGGCCCGUGGCCGUGGGCAUUUCUCUAGGCUUCACCCUGAGCCUGCUCAGCGUCACCUGGGUUGAGGAGCCCUGCGGCCCUGGCCCUCCCCGCCCGGGAGACCCCGACCUGCCCCUCCGCGGCUACACUAACGCAGCCCGCCGGCCCAACUCCGUGCAGACCAGCCCGGAUCGCGAGCGGCCCGAGGACACCGAGAGCUGGGAACCCCGCGUGGUGCCCUAUCGCCCCACGCACUCCAGCCAGAUCCCCAAGAAAGCUGUCAGGACUCGUUAUAUCAGCACAGAGCUGGGUAUCCGGCAGAGGCUGCUGGUGGCUGUGCUCACUACCCAGGACACCCUGCCUUCCCUGGGGGUGGCAGUGAACCGGACACUUGGACAUUGGCUAGAGCAGGUGGUGUUCCUGACAGGCACACAGAACCGCAGGGAGCCCCCUGGCAUGGCAGUGGUGGCGUUGGGGAAGGAGCGGCCUAUCGGGCAGCUGCACCUGGUCCUUCAGCACCUCUUGGAGAAGCAUGGGGAAGACUUCGACUGGUUCUUCCUGGUGCCUGAUAACACCUACACAGAAGCCCAUAGGCUAGCUCGGCUGGCUGGCCACCUCAGCUUAGCCACAGCCUCCCAACUCUACCUGGGCCGGCCCCAAGAGUUCAUCGGAGAACCGACCUCGGGUCGAUACUGCCACAUUGGCUUUGGAGUGCUGUUGUCCCGCAUGCUCCUGCAGCAUCUACAGCCACACUUAGAGAGCUGCCGAAAUGACAUAGUCAGCUCUCGGCCCGAUGAAUGGUUGGGCCGCUGUAUCCUCGAUGCCACCGGGGUCAGCUGUACAGGAGAGCACCAGGGCAUGCACUAUAACUACCUGGAACUGGGCGGUGCAGGGGAGGCGGUGCAGGAGGGGGAUCCCCACUUCCAGAGUGCCCUGACUGCCCACCCUGUACGGGACCCCGUGCACAUGUACAAGCUGCACAAGGCUUUCGCACGAGCUGAGCUGGAGCGCACCUACCAGGAGAUCCAGGAACUGCAGUGGGAGAUCCAGAACACAAGCCGGCUCUCUGUGGAUGGGGAACAGGAGGCAUCUUGGCCGCUAGGCAUCCCAGCCCCAUUCCGUCCGUCUUCUCGAUUCGAGGUGUUGAGCUGGGACUACUUCACGGAGCAGCACGUUUUCUCCUGCGCCGACGGCUCUCCUCGUUGCCCCUUGCGCGGAGCCGACCGCGAUGAUGUGGCAGAUGUCCUGGGGGCUGCCCUGGAAGAGCUGAAUCGCCGCUACCACCCGGCUCUUCAGCUUCGCAAGCAACAGCUGCUCAACGGCUACCGCCGCUUUGACCCGACGAGAGGCAUGGAGUACAUGCUAGACUUGCAACUGGAGGCGCUGACCCCCGAGGGGGCCCGCCAGCACCUCACCCGCCGAGUGCAGCUCCUGAGGCCCCUGAGCAGAGUGGAAAUCCUGCCCGUGCCCUACGUUACCGAGGCUUCCCGCCUCACGGUGCUGCUGCCGCUGGCGGCCUCCGAUCUCGAUCUGGCGCCUCGCUUUCUGGACGCCUUUGCCGCGGCUGCUCUGGAGCCAGGGGACACCGCGGUGGCUCUGACCCUGCUACUGCUCUACGAGCCGCGUCAAGCCCAGCAUGUGACCCAUGCUGACAUCUUCGCUUCGGUGAAGAGCCGUGUGGCAGAGCUGGAGCAACGCUACCCUGGCUCCCAAGUCCCCUGGCUCAGCGUGCAAACAGCAGUCCCAACGCCCCUUCGUCUGCUGGACCUGCUCUCCAAGAAACACCCACUGGACACACUCUUCCUGCUGGCUGGGCCAGCCACGGUCCUCACUUCUGAUUUCCUGAACCGAUGCCGGAUGCACGCCAUCGCCGGAUGGCAGGCUUUCUUUCCCAUGCACUUCCAGGCCUUCCAUCCUGCCGUGGCGCCCCCGCAGGGCCCAGGGCCCCCUGAGCUGGGCCGGGAUACGGGCCACUUUGACCGCCACGUGGCCAGCGAAGCCUGCUUCUACAACUCGGACUAUGUGGCAGCCCGAGGCCAGCUGGCAAACGCCUGGGAGCAGGAAGAGGAGAUGCUGGAGGGCCUGGAUCUGUAUGAACUCUUCCUGCAGUUCUCCAGCCUUCACGUGCUGCGAGCUGUGGAGCCGGCCCUGCGGCAACCCUAUCGACACCAGUCCUGCAGUGCCCAGCUCAGUGAGAGCUUGUAUCACCACUGUCGCCAGAGUGUCUUCGAGGGUCUAGGCUCCCGCUCCCAGCUAGCCAUGCUGCUCUUCGAGCAAGAGCAAGGAAACAGCACCUGACUGGACAGGAGCCUCCCACUCCAGAGCCCACCGGAAGCUCCAAAGCCCCACCCUCCUCUCCCUGAAUUCAGAGCUGCCCCAGGCGCCUGGCUCUGGUCCUGGACCUCUAGCCUCAGGGUUUGGAGAGAGCCAGCAACUAGCAGCCUGGACUUCUGGGCAGGGAGGUGUCCUCUGAGCCGGGGACUUGGGGGAGGGUUUGGAGCCCUCCCAGCCUCUGGACCAUGGCCCUUUAAGUAUUUAUGCAGCGAGGUCUGCUUGACGCCAGCACCCUCCCCUCCCCUCCCCGUUGGGACCGGUAUAGGGGAAGUGGGGAGCUGUAGAUGAAAGUCUGGAGAGAAUCACUCUUGGCUUUGAGGGCCUGGGUUUCCAAUGGAGUCUGUGGGGUGGGGGAAGGAGGAGCGGCUAGAACCUAAAACCCCCAAUGACGAUGACGCUGAUUGUCUUUAAUAAACCAGCCGAACUUGUA